CAGACCGCCACUGCAAUCGAACGCCUACGUUCUCUGCUCCAAUCUCCUACCCCAACCCACCUGCGCAUCGGCGUUCGUCAGAAGGGCUGCGCUGGCAUGUCGUACCACCUCGAGUAUGUCGCAAAACCUGGAUCGUUCGACGAGGUCGUCGAGCAGGAGGGUGUGCAGGUCCUGAUCGACUCCAAGGCCCUGUUUAGCAUUAUUGGGAGCGAGAUGGAUUGGAGGGAGGAUCUCCUUAGCUCCAAGUUCGUGUUCAAGAACCCUAACAUCAAGGACGCGUGCGGCUGUGGUGAAUCGUUCAACGUCGGUCAGAGCGUGCAACUCUGA